CAUUUUAUAGAGAAGCAGAACCAGAGAGAGUGACAGAAAAACAGUAAUAGCACAGCGUGCUAAGAUUUGUUGGAUAAAACUCAUACUGAUGCAGACACUCCAUGUCGACAUUUGAGCCAAGAUGGCGGAGACAUUUAUCGAUGCUCUGACUGAGUACUAGCCAGAAAACCGAUUUCCAUGUGUGAUCACAUCCUGCACUGAGCACAUUCAACAGGAAUAUCGCCCUGGCAGGUGCUCUCAUCCUCAUCAUAGAUGAAUAUGGAUCUUUCCACAAUUCCUCCAGAGAUCGACCCCCCAACAGAAACACAUCCCGUAAUAGAGUGUAUAAUUAACAACCAUCUUAAGCAGCUCAAGAAAUUACUGAGAAAUAAUAACAUUAAUGAUGUUUACCCCUGUAGAGAGUGUAAUGAUUAUAUAACCCCACUGAUUGCUGCUGUCAUAAAUAACAAGCAGGACAUUUUUACUUUCCUCCUGAAAAACGGUGCAGACGCAAAUGAAACCUCCCAAAGUCAUUUGACCCCUUUGCAUUACAUCUCAAUAUCCAAAGCCUCUCCUGCAUAUGUGAAUAAAUUGCUUGAAGCAAAAGCUAAUCCAAAUGGAUUGGAUCCUGCCUUACAUGGUGUCACUCCGCUGCAAACUGCUGCCAUCAAUGACAGGGAUGAUGUCAUGAAAGAGUUAAUCUCUGCUGGUGCAUUGGUAACACUGUUUGGUGACUUUGUACCUAAAUAUCUUAUUCACAAUAAAAAAAUCUGUCAGAUGAUUCAUCAACUUGCAUCGGAAGGACAUGAGUUAUGCUCCAAAAUCAGAUAUUUCCUGGAUAUGGGUCUUGCUCUGCAAACGGGACCACCUGAAGAAGUGUUCAAAACCUUUGACAGUUACAUGCUGUUGGAGAAUCCUCAGACCCAUCUGACCAUGAAUGAAGAAUGUUUUAAUCUAAUAUCGUCAAGUGCAGAAAAAUACAGACAGGGAUGUAUAAAAUGGCUGAAGGACUCUGGAAAUGUGAACACUUACAUUGCAGGUGCAAUCAGUCGCUUCCCAAACAUUUCCAAAGAACAUAUACAUAUGGCAAUUGAAACUUUACAUGCAGUUUUUUGCACAAUGAAGGACAUACCAACUGAGCAAGCACUAGAGAUAAUCCCCCAACUGUUGAAACAGCUUCGCUUAACAGAGGAACCACAUUCACAGCACAAUGUUCUGGAGACAUUAUAUGUGAUAACACAGAAAACUAAAGCCACAAAUUGCUGGCAUCCCAACUACAUUGAGAAGUUAUUCAAAGCAGUUGCUCGUUUUGUAAAGGGCAAACAUUCCUCUUGGACUAGACUAUAUGCAUAUGCUGUAUUUGCAAACUUGCUUUCAGUAGAACAUGCAGCUAACAUCCUCACAUCAGUGGGCAUAACUUCAGUGCCUGAGGACAUACUGACAUCUGCAGAUAUGAGUAUGAAUGACAAGCUGAAGAAGGCGCUCAGACGACUGAAAAACCAUUUCAGCAAACCAAACGAGGACUGUGCCGCCUUACCUGCACCCAAGCUAACGACAGAAGAGCAACAAGAACCAAAUGAUGAAGUUUGCACAGCUGCAACCAACCUAGCAGGAGCUCCUGUUAUGGAGUCAACUUCAAAUGUGAAGCCAAUCCACUGUAACACCCCUCUGUCACCAGUGAGACACAAAUGGCUACAAAUCAGCCAGAGAUGGAGAGGUCAAUUAGAGAAGCUUGUUAGCACUGAUGAAAGUGAAGUAACCAGAAUUGGGAGCAUGAUCUAUGUGAACAAAGAAGAAUUCCGCAUAGCGAGGGGAAGUGAUGGCACUGAAGUCUUCUUGGGGCUGAGAGAUGAUGGCACUGAAGUUGCUAUUAAGAAAAUGUCUAAAUUUAACUAUCGAGUGCUGAAGAAUGAGGAAGGAUUUCUGCGUCUUCCAGAGCUUGAUCAUCCAUCUAUUGUACGAUACGUGGACUUUGCAGAGGAUGAGAACUUUGGAUAUCUUGGUCUUCAACUGUGUGAGUACACCCUGGAAGAAUGCAUCCGCAAGAUUGAUGAUGGUGAUCUGCUGAAAAAGACACUUGUCAAACAGGUUCUCGAGAGUUUAAAGGUGCUUCAUUGUCAGAAUCCUCCAAUUCUGCACCGAGAUCUCAAACCACAGAAUGUUUUGAUCGGUAAGACAAGUUGAAAAUAUACUGAAAUUAUGUACCUCAAGAUCUGAAAUUAAGGGACAAAAACACUGUAAUCUGUUGUUAUUAUCAUAUCUCACUUCAUUCCUGAGUUUGUCUGCCUGAUUUCUCCUGCAGAUGUUAACGGGAGAGCUAGAUUAGCAGAUUUUGGCAUCAGUAGACGGUUAUCCAAAGGCCAAACAACUUAUCGCACAGGCAGUGCAGGAACAAAAUGCUGGAUGGCCAAGGAGACUUUAACAGAAGAAGGUGACACUGACAUA